CACGCGACCGACAGCUCGAAGGACCCACCCGGAAGUGUAGUAGUGCGUUUAGAAGUAAGCAUGCAGAUCACUACGUGGAUGCCUAACUUACAGUCACAUUAAUCCUUUUACUGACAACUGCGUUGUGUUUGUGGGUAGUGACAUUCACACGUUCAUCAGAGAUGUCGUGUUUUGGUGGUGAUCCCAACUUCUGCCCAGAAUGUGGCAACGUCCUUCCUCUCCCGGGAAUUCAAGACACAGUGCGCUGCCCUCGCUGCUCCUUCUCCAUCCCUGUGGCAGAAUUCUCAGGCCAGCAGAUCCAUUCUACAGUUAUCUUCAACCCUGUGGAGCAGUCGUUAGUGGCUCUAGAGGACGAGGAGGACUCCGAACUGAAAGGGCCUGUGAUUGACAGACGCUGCUCUCGCUGCAACAAAGAGGGGAUGGUGUACCACACCAGACAGAUGAGGUCUGCAGACGAGGGACAGACUGUCUUCUUCACGUGUACACACUGCAGGUAUCAAGAGAAGGAGGACUCCUGAGAAGAAAUGCAGAUCACCGUCUCCAUUCCUCUCCAUGCAGCUGAUCUCAUGUCUGCCAGUGUUUUUUCUUUUCUUCUUCUUUCCCCCAAUAACACACAGAUUGUAAAUAUAAGUGCUGAAGGAGCCAACAGUUAUCUCCUCUGUUUAAAUGAAGCUGUGCAAUGCAAGGCUUUUCGGUUACUGUUUGUAAGCUAUUAACAUUCGUACUUUGUGAAUAAAGUUUGACAAAAUAAUCUUAA